GCGGUACUCUUUAUUUUUCUUUCAAGUACUCCUCACUCAAUCUCCUCGAUCGCCCUUCAUUGUAGUUCCCUCCAAAAAGAGUAAAAUCAAAUAUAGCUAAAAAAGCCAAAAAAAUAAGACAAAAAAAAAAAGGAACACAAACAUCGUAGUUUGAAUUCUGUGUUCUAAUGGCUGGUCGAAUUCUCCCGAAAGAGCUCCACAUCGAGGGGAUACAAACGACAGUACCAUGCCGAGUGACGGAGCCCGGUGCGCGGCGUCUCCGCCACAUCACUGCCGCUGCCGCCAACGCCAACGCCAACGCCAAUGCCAACGCCAAUGCCAACGCCUACGCCGCCCCGCUCUUUCAGAGCCGCCUCCGCAUAGUACUUUACUACAGAAGCGCCGGGAAGGAGGAGUCGGCGUGGACAGUGGCGGCGUGGAUGAAGGAGUCGCUGGGCACGGCGCUGGCGGAGAUGCCGGAGCUCGCGGGGCGGCUUCGGAGAGCUGGUGUCGGGGAGGGAGAGGGAGAGUGGGAGGUGAAGCUGAACGAUGCCGGGGUUCGGAUCGUGCACGCCGCCGUGACGGAGGUCAGCAUGGCGGAAUUCUUGGAGGCUGUCGCGGCAGAGGCAGACAAGGAAGAGCCGCUGGCGUACUGGGUGGACGUAGAUGGCGAGAGUCCUGAGUACUCUGCUUUGUUGUACAUGCAGGUGACACAAUUUCAAGGGGAUGGAUACGCUAUUGGAAUCAGUUGUAGCCUCCUUUUAGCCGACCCUUUAUUUUUAAUCCAAUUCCUCAAAUCAUCGGUGGAAACUCAAACCAAAAUGCUAGGCCAAGGCCUCUUUAUGAAAAACUCAAUUUUCCACUUUGGCCACUACCAGACGCCCACCCGCCCCAAGUACCUUAAAUCUAUCCCCUUUGAUUCUGGUGCUGCAAGUACUGCCACUAUUUUAUUCAAAAUAUCUUACAAUGAAGGCCGAAACGAAUUACCCUACAAGGCGAUCGCGUCUUCUUGCCUGAAGGAAGCUACAGAGAGAGUCAACGGUAAAGUAGUGGACAAAUUCUGCCUCAUGAUCAACUACGGCAAUGGUGUUCCCAAGGACUUGAGGAUAGAAUCAUGCACAAGGGUAGAGGAACCAUCACCGGCCAUCGAUCUUCAAUUGGACAACUUUAUUAAGGUGGUGCAAUGGGACCCGUUUGGGAUUAAGGAGUUGGCACUAACACAAGGGAAUAAGCCGGUUCAUGUGUCAUACCAUAUGGUAUCUCCUUCAUCCUUUUCUUCUAACAAUGAAGGUUUGGUGGUGCUCAUGUCACCCUACAAGGAUAUCAAAGGGGUGUUUGAGAUGAUGAUAAGUGUGACAAUCCCUAAGAAGUAGAAGUUGCGUAUCUCCAUGUUGCUAUUGUUGGUGCUGAUUUAUUCUAUUUAUUGUGCUUGUGCUUUGUAGUGAACGAUGUGUGUUAUUACUUGCAGACAAUAAUUUGCUUUGUAGUGAAUGAUGUGUUGUUAAUUACUUAUAGACAAUAAUAAAUACUUGGUCUUUUUUUCUCUUUGGCU